AGGAAUCAAGAUGGCGGAAAGUGUAGUGAUAAAGCACGUGUGAAUAAGGCCGGGGAAAACKCAUUACAGGGAACUUCUUCUUGCCUCCGAGGCAGUUAAUAAGAUGGCCAUGGAUCAAGCAAAAGUAGAGAUGGUGCAGAAUCUAGAAAUAGAAAUGAUGACAGACUUGUACAAUAGGCUCACAACAGCAUGCCACAAAAAGUGUAUAUCUGUUAAAUACAAAGAAGGUGAUCUAACAAAAGGUGAAUCAGUAUGUCUGGAUAGAUGUGUUGCAAAGUAUUUGGAAAUUCACRAUAGAAUUGGGAAAAAAUUAACAGCCAUGUCCAUGCAAGAUGAAAAACUUAUGAAUCAGUUACAAGGGCAGACGCCCAAGUGACCAUUAAACUGGAUGUAUUCAACUUUGCAGAAGAAAUUCAUGAAGAUGCUGGCACAUUUGGAUGAAAUGCAAAGUGGACACUGUUUCCUAUUAUUUYUUGGUUGAUUGUAKUGGCUUUUAGAGGAUUUUAAGUAAUUUGUAUUCAGAAGGCUUGACUAAUYAUACUAUCUUGCAAGUAGUGUCAGAUUUUCUCCUGUCUUAAAGUGUUUAUCAUGAMUUUUCUCUUUUCUGUUUUGGGGUUGAAGUUUCAUGAAUUUUAAUAUGAGAAAAUCAAUCAACUAUUGCUAUUCUGAUUCUGUAUAUUAAAGAAUUUGUGGUUUGGAGAAACUUUAUUUGUCUUAUGUUUGCUUAUUAAGAUUUGAGACCAACAGAAAUCCAUAGCUCAAAAUCAUGGAAAUCAGUUGCAGUGUGUUCCAGUAUAUGAAAUCUCAAGGACAAAGUUAAGAAGAGAGGUCGAUUUGGUAGAGGAAGCAAAAACAYUCUAAAUAGUUUUCUUUCUUGAUAAUGAAGUGAGGUUUCAAAAGGUUUCUCUUGMGAAGUGCUGGGAUUUAAAAUGCAUUAUCAAAUAUUGGAAAAUUGAAAAACGGGAGAAACAUCCUUGAAACUCCUUGAAAUGUCUAGAUAAAAGAGCUAAAUAAAGCUAGUUUUAGCACAAAUAAGAAUUGAUUUUUUAAUACUAUAGUCCUUGAAAACUCCUUGAAUCUUUUCGUUAAAUUAAAAGGUACUGCAUCAGASUCUGAGGUUUCAAACCUUUUUGAAGUUGGCAGAAAUAUCCAUUGAUCCAUUUCCUCUACUGUCAUAAUGUUGUUUGUCUCGCUAGUUUGAAUUAAGCAAGUAAGCAUUAGCUAGUACUGCAAAUUAUGUAAUGUUAUGUAGUUAUAAUCAUCUUCCAGGGAAACAGGUAACURCAUCUUUAUGUGUCCAAAAAGAGCAUGAUUUUUCUGGCAAACUUUACUUGCAAAUAAUAAAUAGAAUGAAAAAACAUA